UUAGCUGCCCCAGUCGAGAAUAGCUUCCUUUUCUCCACUGUGCUAUUGUUGUCUUGUCGUCUUCCCUUCUUCACAAUCCCAAUUUUCCUCUCUUCUCUUCAAAUCAACACCAAUAACUUAGUAUUCAUCAUCAACACCACAACUUUCACCAGAUAUUAUUCUCUUCAUCUUUCACACACACAAAAAACAUUUUCCAACCAUGCCAACUUAACACCACUUUCAUUCCUGUGGUCUCAAUAUUAAUAAUAAUAAUCACUUCUAAUAAUCCAUUUUCAAAAUCACUUAUAGAGUUCAAAAAGUUCACAUGGGAUUGCGAACAACCAUUAGAAGGACAAAGAUCCAAGGUUGUUACGCUACAUCUCUUAACAACAACAACAACAACAACAACAUCUUCAUCAUCAUUAAUGGAAUCAAAUUCAAUUACAAUAAAACAAUCCUUCGAAGAAUUUUACUCACACCACGCGCGCGAAUCGCUCGACGAAUUGUCUGAAAAUUUUACAAUAACCGACCCUUCAAUUUCAGGCCAUCCUAUAAUUUUCGCAAGUCACGCGUUUCUUAAGAUGACUGGUUUCACGCGCGAUGAAGUUGUUGGAAGAAGUGGUUCCAUUUUUCAAGGUCCUGCUACUUGUCGUAGGUCGGUGUUGGAAAUUCGUGAAGCUGUUAGAGAAGAAAGAGAAACCAAUGUUGUUUUGGUUAAUUAUCGUAAAAAUGGAACACCUUUUUGGAUUUUGUUGAAUGUUUCUCCUGUUUUUUGUAAACUUCGUGGUUCUGUUGUUCAUUUUGUUGCUGUUCAGGUUCCUUUAGAUACAAGAUCGAGGGUUUCUAGUAGUAGUUCUGUUCAGGUUCAUGAUUUUGUUUUUCGUUGUUGUCGAAAAGAAGUUUGUUCUGAUUCUUUGGCUGAACUUGGUCGUGUUUCUUCCGGGAAUCAAGUGUUCGAAAAUGAUGUCACUGUUAAGCUCUCAACUACAUUUGCAGAGCUACACUUAUUAGAAUUGGACAGUGAAGAGCCACGCGAGGCAAGUGACGAUGAGAGGAGAAGUGCUGUGGCUGCCAUGGACAACAUCUUUUCUGUGCUAACCCACUAUAGCGAGUUGACUGGAAGAUUGGUGUGUAGAAAGAGACGCAGCACUCCUGACGUCGGUCUUCUCAGCUCGUCCUUGAUUAUUUCUCUUGGUAGAAUCAAACAAAGCUUUGUAUUAACUAAUCCACAUUUGCCAGACAUGCCUAUUGUUUAUGCCAGUGACGCCUUCAUGAAAUUGACAGGUUAUGCGAGACACGAGGUAUUGGGCCGCAACUGUAGAUUUUUAGGUGGAAGAAAUACCGAUGACUCAACUCUACAUCUGAUAACAGAAAGCAUAAAAACUGAACAACCAUGCACAGUACGUAUUUUGAAUUACAGGAAGGAUAAAAGCUCAUUUUGGAAUCUUCUUCAUAUCUCACCUGUUCGGGAUGCUUCUGGAAAGGUAGCAUACUUUGUAGGAGUUCAAAUAGAAGACGAGUAUAAAAACGAGGACUAUAGACGGUGUUUGAGACCUGACAUGAAACAGCUUAGUGUGGUUGGUGUAGUCAAGGUUGCAGUGAGGAGUUUAUCCAUGUCUGCUGGAUCGUCUAAGAGAUAGUCAUAGGAUAGCUCGUGGUGGAUUAUUUGCCUUCGGCUGGUAUAAUAUAUGGUCUGCUUCCCGGAAAAAUGUUACUCCGUUGGGAAAAUUAUCAAUCUCAACUUGUUAUCGUUGAGAUGAUAGAGGGGUGAAAGAUUGAUUUAUGAAAAAGAAAAUCCAUAUUGUCAAUUUUAAUUGUAACUUGUGAAAAACUAUACAUUAUGUGUUGGAACUUGGAAGUCUAUAGAAUAUGUUCUUAUUCUCGAAGACUAAAUAUUGCUUUAAUUUUUUUAAGGAAUAAGUUGGAUCUCGUAGUUUUGAUCAUUGACUAAA